AUGGCCGCGGUAGAUCCUGGACCGGAGUGUGGGAUCCAAGACAUGACCACUUUAAAUGUCUUGUCUGAGGAAUCGAUUAUGGAGAACUUGAGACAACGAUACGACUCAAAAUUGAUUUAUACAUACACGGGAUCCAUUUUGGUUGCAAUGAAUCCGUUUGCUACAGUCAAUAUCUACUCCAACAUAAUCCUGAAAAAGUACAAUGGCAAGAAACUGGGUGAAAACCCACCUCAUAUAUUCGCUGUCGCUGAAGCCGCAUAUGGAAAUGUACAAAAGAGUAAAUCGAACCAGUCAGUAAUCAUCUCUGGAGAAUCUGGUGCUGGGAAAUCCGAAAGUACCAAAUUGAUUUUGCAAUAUCUCACUGCCAUUACGCAAAAUCAUGCUGGAUCUGCUGGCUCAUGGGUUGAACAGCAGAUAUUGGAAGCUAAUACUAUCUUAGAGGCUUUUGGUAAUGCAAAGACUGUGAGAAACAACAACUCGUCGCGUUUCGGUAAAUUUAUACAAGUGCUAUUCAAUAACGAUCUAAGGAUUAUCGGUGCAUCAAUCGUAAACUACCUGCUGGAGAAAUCUAGGGUCGUAAAGCAAGCCAAAAUCGAACGAAAUUAUCACGUAUUCUAUCAGCUCGUACAAGGAGCUAACGAUGACGAAAAGCAACGAUACAAGCUGGGUGCAGCAUCAGAUUACCACUACCUCACACAAUCAGGAUGUAUCGAUAUACCAGGUGUAAACGACAGGAAACACUUUGAAGGUCUGAAACUAGCCUUUACCGUAUUGAAAAUGGACGAAGAUGGUAUGAGAGGCACGUUUACUGCACUCUCUGGGAUUCUGACAUUGGGAAAUGUUACGUUUAAACCCGACUCGUCUGGAGAAAGUGUCACAAUCGCCAAUCCAGAUGUCGUUUCCAAGGUCGCUGGAUUGUGGGGCGUAGAUGAGAAGAAAUUAUCUGAUGCCCUGAUAUACAAGAAAUUAACUAUUCGGAAUGAGACGACCAUGAAACCGCUCACACCAACUCAGGCAUUGGAUAAUCGAGAUUCUAUUGCCAAGGCAGUAUACGAUAAUCUGUUUCAAAGGAUUGUAGAAUUCAUAAAUGCGUCGCUGGUGGCUAAAGAAAAGUCAUCGAGUUUUAUUGGUGUUUUGGAUAUCUUUGGAUUUGAGAACUUUGAAAUCAACAGCUUCGAGCAGCUUUGUAUAAAUUACACGAACGAGAAGCUUCAGCAAUUCUUCAAUCAGUUUAUAUUCAAGCUGGAGCAAGAGGAGUAUGACAAGGAACAAAUCAAAUGGGACAAAAUUAACUUCACUGAUAACGCCGUGUGUUUGGAGUUGCUUGAGGGCAAACCAGUUGGUAUCUACGCCAUGCUGGACGAAGAAACCAAAGUGCCAAAAGGUACAGACGACACGUAUCUCCAGAAAAUGGAAACCACACAUGCCAAACACUCGAAUUUCAUAAAGCCAACCAAAGUCAGAGGUCAAUUCGGUAUUCGACACUAUGCUGGAGAUGUCUUGUACACUGUUGCUGGCUUUUUAGAAAAGAACAAGGAUGCUAUAGCUGAUGAGCUUUAUGAUUUGAUUUAUGGGUCAAAGAUUCCAUUCGUUGGUAAAAUCUUCCCACCAAAAGAACCAGAAACUGCUAAAGGCUCAGCACCUGGCAAAAGUAGUGGUGCCAAAUUGACUGCUGGUGGAUAUUUCAAGAAUCAAUUGGUUUCGCUGGUGUCUACAUUGGGUGCGACUGCUCCACAUUAUGUGAGGUGUAUCAAGCCGAAUAUGUCAAAAGAGGCGUUCUCGUUUGAAGACAGCAUGGUGUUGUCGCAACUGAGGUACUCUGGUAUGCUCGAUACAAUUAGAAUUCGCAAAGCAGGUUUCCCUGUGCGACUGGCAUUUGAUGCGUUUGUCAAGACAUUCAACUGUCUGAUACCAGCUGGAAUGACGCUGAAAUCUGAUCCAAGACAAGUGGCCUCCAAGAUCAUGCAAGAGAGUAAAAUAAAGCAAGAGAGUUGGCAAACUGGAAAGACGAAAUUGUUCUUGAGAAGUGAAGGGAUGGCAGCAGUACAAGAACGUGCUGACAUCAUAUGGACGGUGAAAGUUAUUGUGAUUCAAAAGUUCAUUAAGGGAUUUCAAGCUCGUCAGCGAUACCUGAGGAAGAGACAGGCAGUUAUGCUGUUACAAAAGUAUGCUAAGGGCUUCGUAUACCGCCGACUUUUCAAACGAAAGAUGGCAGCCAUCGUCACUAUGCAAGCUGUCGUACGAGGAUGGUUUGCUCGUGAUUACUAUCGCACUCUUAAAGCUGAACAUGCAGCUGAAGUUCGUAGACAAGAAGAAGAAAAGAGGAGAGAACGCGAGAAACGAGAAAAGGCUGAAGCGGCUGCUGCAGCUGCCGCGGCCGCCGCUAAAGGCGUUGCACAGGCACCACCACCUCCUAAACCAACUCCAAUUUCAAAUGCUGGAGACGAGGAAGAGCUCAAAGCAUUGUUGGUUGUUGCGCAAAAAAAGGCUGGCGAAGAAAACAACAAACGUCGUGCCUCAGUUAUUGGUGCGCCACCACGACGACCAUCAUCCAUUGGUCUGUUCCCACCACCUGUACCAGUCGCAGCUGCUCCCAAACUUGCUAAAAUGGUUGAGCAACCAGACGACGGUGGCGGAGUCGAUGAUCUUUUCAGCUUUUUGGGCGAUUUCAAUAAUGAUAAGAAGAAGGCUGCUCCAUUGAAGGGAGCUGCUUUGCUAGCCAAUAUGGCAGACAUGUUGACGUCUGAGAUUGAUUCCAUGUUUGAUGAUGGUCCUCCCAAACCAUCCAGUCAAAACAUGUCCCCUGGAUAUGCGUUGUUGAAUUUGAUGAAGCCUGUAGCUGCUGCUGCCGCGGAGCCAAAAGUCAAAAAGCUGACUAAUAAUCCGUUGGCGAGAGCUGCUGCUAACAAACCUAUGAACGGCUCUGAUGAAAAUCUGCCAGAGAAAUUCAACUAUAAUGCUCGUGAAUGGCUGCUCAAGACGUAUGCUGAGCAUCACUUCGAAUCGCAUGCUCCAUCGGCCAAGUCUGGUACUAUCUUGACUUUGCGAAAGCAGCCGAAAGCAAUGGCUCCUACUGAUAUUGAUGAGAUGCUUGUGUAUACCAAGCAACCUAUAACAUUCAGUAUGACGUGUCUCCCUCGAAAUGAACGUGUUUUGGAUGCUGCGAUUGAGUGUUUCAAGUGGCUACUCAAAGCACUAGAUCCAACACAAAAGAAAACCGAAGAAGGCUUUGUCUGCAUCCAAAACAUCAUCACCACGGGUCUCGAGAUGCCCGAAUUACGAGACGAAAUCUUUGUACAGAUAUGCAGACAAGUAACUGCACCACGAACUGGAAACAUUCCUGGAUGGGAUGCUAUUGUCAUGAUUGGUUGGCAAAUCAUGGCACUGACGACAUCAUGUUUCCCACCCUCCAAAUUGUUUUCCAAGUUCCUGCAAGCCUUCAUUCAGAGGACUCUGGAAGGGCUCAAGAGCAAUGCAUUCUCGUCAAUUCUCAAAUUGGCUCAUUCCUGUGAAGCAAACUUGAGAAAUGUGAUGUUAAAUGGUCCUAGAAAGCAACCUCCUUCUAUAGCGGAGAUUUUGGCUAUCAAGAACGGUACUCCUAUUCGCUGUGAAAUUCACUUCAUGGAUGCAAACACCCAAGUAGUUGAAAUCACCUCCAACAUGUUGGCUACCGAGGUUGUCAAGGAACUUGGCUAUCGCGUUGAUUUAAAGGACACAUUUGGAUGGUCACUGUAUCAUCAGGACGAUUUACAAGUGUGGCACGUCAUAAAAUCUUCAGACUACAUUGCUGAUAUAGUAUCAGGCUGGGAAUCUCGCCGAAAGCCUGCCAUCGUCAACCUCGGAUCACCUGCCUCAUCGACCCCAUCGGUAGCAACAGAAUCUGGAGGCACUAUAAAGAAAGGAUUUCUGCGUUCCCGCUCUCCCUCCAAAUCAGCACGAGAUAGCGUCAUAUCCUCAUCAAUGCAUUCAUUAUCACGAGACGGCAGUUUCGCAAGUAAUGGAUCACAAAAUACUUCUCAAGUCUCGCUCCAUAUCACCGGCAGUGCAAUUGAAUUGGGCACAGCGUCAGCAGAGUCUCAAAAGAUUUAUCUGAGGAGACGAUUGUUUAAGAAUCCACAAGAUCCUGUAUUGGAUCCUGUUGAGUAUACAUUGCUUUGGGCUCAGGCUACGACUGACACGGCUACUGAUUUCCAUCAUGUAAACGAUAAAGUGGCUGCUCAGUUGGCUGCGUUGAAUGCGCAAGUAGCGUUCCCAGAUUUGAAGAGAGAAGAGGCCAGUCUGAGAAUUGGCAACAACAUUGAGAAAUGGCUUUCUCUUCGAGUAUUGUCUGCCAGGUCCAGAGAACAGUGGAAUUCGGCAGUACUUGAACAGUACGUCAAGCUCAAGGGCACCUCACCAAUUCAAGCCAAGGUUAUGUUUAUGGAGAGUGCUAGAUCAUUCCGAUUUUAUGGUGCUACGCUAUUCCCAGCUCGAUACAAGGGCUUUUGGUCAUAUGCCGAGAAUGUACUUCUAGCGGUUGCAUGCACGGGGAUUGAAGUAGUGCACACCAAGACCCGUGAAACCAUAAUUGGUUAUCCAUUCUCCGAAGUGCUUUCCUUCGAAUACGACAAUGAUGUCGUAUCCUUCACCGUGCUCCACGCUUCCGACAAUGACGAAGAAGAAGGCCGUGGUGAAAAGACUGCUCAAACCACCUACCAGUUUAUAGCAUCACAAGCUGAAGAAGUAGCCGCCCUUCUUCGAGAAUACUACCCGACACAAGGAGGGGCCAGGAAACCAAAAGACACCUCCAUGCAUCUAGAUGCAGUAGCUCUCACCAAGGAUUUGGAAAAGAGACGAAAUAUCCUACUUCAAAAGCAGCUGUUACGUAUUCCUGGUCCAGAUGGCGGUACCCGUACUACCAAAGCAACUGGAACCAUACGAGCUGCCAAACCAACUUCAAGUCGACCUGUGAAUUCGUUUAUGCGUAGUGAUAAGGACAAGGAUCCUGCUGAGAUCGUGCCUGUGCCUGGUACACAACCAGGGUUGGCGAAGAUCAAUAGCAAGAUGGCUAUUAGUUUAGAAGCGUAUACGGAAGCUGAUUGGUGCUUCUCCAAAACGCCUUUGGUGCAGAGUUUGAGUACGCUUAUGGCGCCUAUAGAGUGGGAUGAGUGGUCUGUUGCUGCCCACAAAGUGAUUCUUGGAUAUGCUGGCAUAACUCCACUAGACAGAACACCAGGAGACCCAGCACAAUGCCCACAUGCCACAACACUGCAAACCCUCAUUCAAAAAGUAAUUGAAACACCCGAACUAGCAGACGAACUCUACCUGCAGCUAUGUAAAAUGACAUCAUCGCAUCCUGACCCCGACUCGAUACAAGGUCUCGCAAUGUGGAAGCUGAUGGCUAUUUGUGUUGGAAUUGUGAUUCCGAAGGGCGACGUAUUAGAGUAUUUGAAGGCACAUUUAAGAUGUGCGUCAAAUGUUGAAAAGGGCAAGAUUAGAGCGAGGGUUGAGGAAGCCAAGUAUGCGAGAUAUUGUAUGAAGAUUUUGCAAAAGACUGCUACUGCACCAAUAAGAAAGCUGAGUCCAUCUGUCGAUGAAAUGAUGUCUGCCACUGGAGCUAAAUCAGUUCAACUCAAAAUCCAUUUCUUGGAUGGUCAAUUCAGAGUUAUUAUGGCUGAUCCCUCAUCGACGUUUGAUGAUAUUUGUAAAUCAGUGCUCGACAAACUGAAAAUGAAGAACGCGAAUGGGUUCUGCAUAUUUGAAACCCACAACAAUACGGAACGAGACCUUGGCAAAUCCGACUAUUUGGGUGAAACACUCUCGCAGUGGGAAAAGAUCACCAAAUCCACACCAGGAUCCGAAAAGGUCAAAUUCAUAUUCAAACGCCGAAUAUUCUACGCACCUCAAGAACGAGGUCGUUCGGAUCUCGAAGAAGAAUUGCUUCGUGCACAAGCAAUGCAAGAAGUAGUGAAGGGCCACUUCCCAUUAACGACAGACGAUGCAGCACUACUGGGUGGCCUAUUAUCUCAACUUACGUUUGGUGAUUGGACACCUGCUGGAUAUUCACCUUCAUCACCAAAUCAACUCGUCGAAGCUUCGAAUGCCGCCAAGUAUCAGUCAAUCACAGAGCAAUACUUCCCCAAGAGUAUUGCAAGUGUGCAUUCUUUAGAAUCGGAUAUUGAGAGUAUACAUAAGGGCCAAAAGGGACGAAGUCAUACGGAGACGCAAAUGCAAUUAAUGAAGGUGUUUAGGUCUUGGAAACUGUAUGGAAGUAGUGUGUUUGAUGUGUGGCAGAGCUAUACGAAUGAGAUUCCGAAUGACUGUUGGCUGGCGGUUAAUGCUGACGGUGUGCAUAUUUUGGCUAGGAAUUCAAAGGACUCACUUGUAACUCACGCAUUCAAAAACAUUGUGUCGUAUUCACCAUCUCAGAAGAGUAUCUUGCUAAUUACUGGUAGUGUCACUUCUGGUACCAAAUAUGUGUUUACAACAUCACAGGCAUCAUCCAUCGCUGGUCUCAUUAAGGACUACAGUGAAGCAAGUUCGAAGUAUGGAGCUUCAGCAAUGACAAUCAAGAGGAAAUAG